GGUAGGACUGGCUUGCGCAGAAGGUGCCAGGCCAUGCGAUGGAGGGAUGAAACCGUGGCACACCACGAUCAGGAGUCGGCAGAUUCACUUUUUGAGCUGCCACUGCUUAAGCUCGUAGGCGAGAGGAUGAAGGCAGGGAUCAGCAAAGCAAGUGGGCGACUACAUCAUUCGCGCUGCGUUUGUAGUGCCGCAUUAUAAUUUCAAGAGCUGUCUGGUGCACUGAGUCGCCGACGCAGUCGUGCGCAAUGGAGGUCUUCAGCAUUAGGCACCCCCACGUGUUGUGAAUCGCCGUGCAUCGGUAGGCACGCUGAGGGGUUGUGAUAUCUGGGACAAGAGCACGACACAAAUGAUAUGCACCAGGUUGACUGUGCGGCGGCCGUGGGCCACAGCUCGUGGCUUCCUCUCGUGCGCACGGUUCGGCCACGGGAGGAAGCGGCAAACUUUUAUUUUGGCUUGUACGGUCGCCAGUGUAGCUGCAGCUUCAGCGCAUGCCACCCCGCCUCUGCACGGCCUGAGGCGCAGGCCCUCGCGGCAGCCCCCCGAGGCUCGGCUCACGGCCGGCCCGAGCUCCCGCGCGGCCACGCCCGAGCUCCGCGGAAAGGGCGGCCGAGCGCCCCGGCGGCCCCGCCACUCCCGGUGUGUGGGGGGGGGUUCGGGGAGCACGAACAUGCCUGGAACCUGUAUCCCCCCAACCCGAAGUCCGGGUCUUCGGGUUGGGGUGGGGUGGUCUGGUAGGCAGUCAAUCCCACAGUUCCCGACCGUACCCGUCGACCAGACAGCCAGCCAGACAGCGGUAGAGCACGAGUGCUUGCCAGGUCUCCAGGGCGGCGCGCUGCGACGGAUGCUGCGUGGCUCCAGGCUUCGGAGAAGGGCCCCCAGGCCGCAGGCGACGCGGGUGUCCCGCUUCUGCUCCGGUGCUCCACUUCGCCUCU